AUGAAGGUCGAAGUUGACUCUUUCUCUGGCGCUAAGAUCUACCCAGGCAGAGGUACCUUGUUUGUCCGUGGUGACUCCAAGAUCUUCAGAUUCCAAAACUCCAAGUCUGCUUCUUUGUUUGCUCAAAGAAAGAACCCAAGAAGAAUUGCUUGGACUGUUUUGUUCAGAAAGCACCACAAGAAGGGUAUCACCGAAGAGGUCGCCAAGAAGAGAUCCAGAAAGACCGUCAAGUCUCAAAGAGCUGUUGUCGGUGCCUCUUUGGAAUUCAUCAAGGAGAGAAGAUCCGUCAAGACUGAGGUCAGAAAGGCUCAAAGAGAGGAAAAGGCUAAGGCUGACAAGGAAAAGAAGAAGGCUCUAAAGGCUCAAAGAAAGGCCGACAAGGCUAACGCUGUUGCUUCCGGCUCCAAGGUCUCCAAGCAACAAGCCAAGGGUGCUUUCCAAAAGGUCGCCGCUACUUCUCGUUAA